CAGCACUGCGCCGCCCGAGGGGACAGACGGCGGGGACAGAAGGCGACGCCUAGGAGGCCCAGCAAGCCCGGUCCUUCAGCUCCUAGCACCGAUGCCAGCCGCCGAGGCGGGGGCUCCGGCCACCUUCGGUGCCUUGGACUACGGCGUCUUCGCGCUGAUGCUGCUGGUGUCCACCGGCAUCGGGCUGUGGGUGGCGCUGGCGCGCGGCGGGCAGCGCAGCGCCGACGACUUCUUCACUGGCGGCCGAAGGCUGGGGGCGCUACCCGUGGGGCUGUCGCUGGCCGCUAGCUUCAUGUCGGCUGUGCAGGUGCUGGGGGUCCCGGCCGAGGCGGCGCGCUACGGCCUCAAGUUCCUGUGGAUGUGCGUGGGCCAGGCGCUGUGCUCGACGCUCACGGCCGCGCUCUUCCUGCCGGUCUUCUACCGCUUGGGCCUCACCAGCACCUACGAGUACCUGGAGAUGCGCUUCAACCGCUCCGUGCGCCUCUGCGGGACGCUGCAGUACCUGCUGGCCACGGUGCUUUACACCGGUAUUGUAAUCUACGCGCCUGCGCUCAUCCUGAACCAAGUGACCGGCUUGGAUAUCUGGGCGUCGCUCCUGUCCACCGGAAUCAUCUGCACCUUCUACACGACUGUAGGUGGCAUGAAGGCCGUGGUGUGGACCGACGUGUUCCAGGUGGUGGUGAUGCUGAGCGGCUUCUGGGCCAUCCUUGUCCGCGGAGCCUUGCUCCUGGGUGGACCCCAGCAAGUGCUCAGCCUGGCCCGGAAUCGCUCCCGGAUCAACCUGUUGGACUUUGACCCUGACCCUCGAAGCCGCUACACAUUCUGGACCUUCGUGGUGGGUGGCACGCUGGUGUGGCUCUCCAUGUAUGGCGUGAACCAGGCACAGGUGCAGCGCUACAUAGCCUGCAGCACGGAGCGGAAGGCCAAGCUGGCUGUCCUCAUCAACCAGCUGGGCCUCUUCCUGAUCGUGAUCAGCGCUGCCUGCUGUGGCAUCGUCAUGUUCGUAUUCUACAGCGACUGUGACCCUCUCCUCACCGGACGCAUCUCUGCCCCAGACCAGUAUAUGCCUCUGUUCGUGCUGGACAUCUUCGAGGACCUGCCCGGCGUGCCCGGGCUCUUCCUGGCCUGUGCCUACAGCGGGACCCUCAGCACGGCGUCCACCAGCAUCAACGCCAUGGCUGCGGUGACCGUGGAGGACCUCAUCAGGCCGCGCCUGCCCGGCCUAGCGCCCCGCCGGCUCAUGCUCAUCUCCAAGGGCCUGUCGCUGGUCUACGGCUCGGCUUGCCUCACGGUGGCCGCCCUGUCCUCCCUGCUAGGGGGCGGCGUCCUGCAGGGCUCCUUCACCGUCAUGGGCGUCAUCAGCGGCCCGCUGCUCGGAGCCUUCGCGCUGGGAAUGUUCCUACCCGCUUGCAAUGCUCCGGGCGUUCUCUUCGGGUUGGGCUCGGGCUUCUUGAUCUCCCUCUGGGUGGCCUUGGGCGCCACACUGUACCCGCCCAGCGAGCAGACCAUGGGCGUCCUGACGUCUUCGGCUGCAGGCUGUGUGGUUCCCUCCAGCAAUGCCUCAGUCCUUCUGGACCCACUUCCCACUCUCAACAUCUCCAGCCCCCUGAAUGCUGAGAUGACAGGCUUAGGCUCCAGCUCCGCGGAGGACCUGGGGCGGCCGGCCCUGGCUGACAGCUUCUACUCUAUUUCCUACCUGUACUACGGAGCCCUGGGCACACUCAUCACCAUGCUGUUGGGCGCCCUGGUCAGCUACCUGACAGGCCCCACGAAGCGCAGCGCCCUGGGUCCUGGGCUGCUGUGGUGGGACCUCGAACGGCAAACAGCAUCAGUGGCCCCCAGGGAGGAAGUGGGCACCGUGGAUGAUGGCCUGGUAAAGAGUCCGGGAGAAAUAACUGCAGGAGCCAAAAGCGCCCCCGACUUCCAGCCCAUCGAGGAGGACCACCAGCUCUUCCUGCAGAGCCAGGAGAAAGGGUCCGGUCGCUGGGCGCCCAGCAGCGGCAAGGGUCGGGACCUGGACCGAGAGACCAAUCUCUGAGGGCAGGGACAGCACCUGGGACGGACCUUUGGAUGGCCCAAUCCCAGGCCACAGUCAGCGGCCUCACACUCCUAUUGGUUGAACAACAUUCCUAUGCAAAUAAGCGUGGACAAGCAUAGUCUCCGCCCUUGGGAGGCGAGGCCCCGCCCCUGGAAAUCACUGUGCAGCCCCUGGGUUGGGAGGAAGAGAAGGCCCUGGAAGCUUCCAGCUGUGGCUCCCAUUGCCUUCUGGGAAGACCCACAGUGUUGCAACCCCCCACCAAAUUCAUUGAAAACCUCAGAAACGCAGGUGUCCUUGGCUAAGUUAAAGGUUAUACUGCAACAGGGUUAUACUGCAUUCCAAAGGCAAAUGCUGCUGAAGAGGGCUGGGGUCUAGCUCAGUGGGAAGCGCUGGCCGAGGGGAUUGUGCGAGGCUCAGACUUGCAUCCCAGCCCUGCCGAGCCUAAAUGGAGACAGUGGACCAGGCGCGCACGGCGGUCACGCCUGUCAUCCCAGCACUGGGGGCUAG